ACACUUCUACAUCCUUCUACGAUCUUCUCCCAACUUCCCUUCUCCUUCACAGAUGUCUACUCUACUGUUCUUGUCUGUAAUCUUAUACCAACACAUUCGACAGUCCCAUUACUGUGAAGUAAGUGUCCAUUAUUUGUCUGAUGAAGCCUUAUUCCACCAUUGUUAGGGCAUCGAAGGCCGAGUGAGCUUCAAAGGAUCUCAGACCUAACUGCUUCUUUUAUCAUUUCGUCAAGUUUGAAGACUUCAUUUUCGGUUUUGUUCGGUUGUUUUUGGUUGAUGAUUGUGCUUUUGGUGAUCCUCUUCAUUGAAGAACUGUUACCCAAACAAAAAUGAGAUCUAGUUGACCCCAGGCAUUGGAGUGGAAAUGGAAUUUGAAGUUAUGCUUACAAUGGUUAAUGAUAUUUUGAUGUUGUAUGGAAGCUGUUGUGUGGUAGUGGGAUGGCUACUGAACUGAAAAUGGAAGGCUAUUUAUACUUCAACUUAGGCGGGUUGUUUGUACAUAUGGGUUUAUUAUCCUGUAGGCAAUGAUGCUUUAAUAACCAAUGGAUUUCUUUUGAAACCCAUUUUCCUAGAUAGUUGCAAAGUAUUUAAUGUGCUUGUACUUUAAAGUUAGAUUCUAACAUAUGAGAUCUCACUUCAUUAAAUGCAAAAUAAAGUUUCAUUAAAUGCAAAACAAAGUUUUGAAGAGAUGUGAUACUGUGAGCAGACAUUGCUUUUAAUGUUCCAAAAAGUUUUGAAAAGACAUGUUGCUACAACAAUUAAAUCCUAUAUGUGAGCUCUUGCAUCCGGUUUUAAGCCAAAAUGCAACAAAUAGAUAGUGACUUGAUUUUCAGCAUGACCUGAUUUUGGACCCACUUUACAGGCCCGACCCAUUACUGUACACUUUUUGGGCGGGAACACUGUGCAGUUUUCAUUUUGCUUUUGUAUAAUAAAAGAUAUGGAUUUUAAAUUAUGUCUACUAACUGUUUGUUAAAACAUGUCAGUGAAAAUGAUAUCAAUAGUUUACACUUUUAAAAAUGAUAUGUUUGUUGAAAAGAUUUAGUAGUUCAAUUUUGACUUAAGAUGCGUAAAUGUGUUGGUAGUUUACAAUCCAGUGAACUUAUGCUUUCCAAAUCGAGUAAUUUCUUUUUAAAUAAGAAGUUGUCAGUUUUCUUUUAUAAGUUGUACAUUUUCUGAUAAAAAUUAUUUGAAAAUCCUUGCAUUUUACUUUUAAAUAAUUUUAAUGCAUGGAAAAAGAGAGUUGUGGUUAGUUCAACUGGAGGAAUUUAUACGAUUAGGCUUUUGAUACUUUAUAAUUACAAGUUAUGCUAUAUACCUUUUUAAAAUUAUUUAAUGAAGGUGUAUGAGUUACUUUUUUUAUAUAUUACUCAAUCUGAUGAAAAUUUGAGCUCAGAUUAAUGGAAUUCUUCUCGUAAAAUUUGGUGGACCUGAAUAAUAGAAUUAUUAUAGGCUCAGUAUUGUACUUUACAUUAAACUCUCUCUAAUAUAAAUAUAUCUGUCAGGGCUCCUCAGGGAGUAACCUUUUCCAUUAUUUCACAUGGUAUCAGAGCCCUCAAUUUUUCCUCUCUCUUCCCUGAUACCUAAUUUUUUUUUCCGCAUCCUCUCAGCAAAGCGCCGCCGCACUGCUCCGCAGCUUCUCAGCAGAGCGCCGCCGCACGGCUUCCGCAGCUUCUCAGCAGAGUGCCGCCGCACGGCUUCCGCAGCUUCUUAGCAGAGUGCCGCCGCACGGCUUCCGCAGCCUCUCAGCAAAGUGUCGCCGCACUGCUCCGUAGCCUCUCAGCAAAGCGCCGCCGCACGGCUUCCGCAGUCUCUCAGCAAAGCGCCACCGCAGGACGCAUCUCCGUCGGAUCCAUGGAAUUCUCCACAGUGGCUCCAACUUCUUCGACCAUGGCGCCGGUCACAUCAGCCGCCACCGACGCAGCCUCAGUCAUCACCAGCGCCGCCACCCCUCUGACCGCGCCGCCGCAGGUGAAUCCGUCGCCAGCCUCUUCUUCCUUCAUCGCUGAAAUUCCCGGUACCUACUCACUGUUUCACACUCUUCAUCCGGGAAUUCCGUGGCAGCCAUCUGCCAUGCCAGCGGCCGCAGGUCUCUACACGCCACCCUUCUCGGCUGGAUCCUCGUUUGCCGGUUCCACUUUUGUUGGCUCACCUGGUGUCUCCUCUGUCAUCCCUCCCUCUUGCACACCAGCAGCCAUCCUGACUGGCUCACUCCUCACAGAUCUUGCCCAGAGUAUCUCACAUGUGGCAACUAAUGUCACAAAUAUUGUAACUACCAAAUUAUUAGCGGUGGAAGACUACAUUACCUGGCGUACACAGUUCGAAUCGUUUUUGGUGUCCCAAGCUCUCCUUGGCAUGGUUGAUGGCUCCAUUCAGGUACCCCCUGCUUAUUCCAUAGAUGCUCUCAACCGUCAAAUCCACAAUCCCGAAUUUUCUACUUGGUUAAGAAUUGAUCAAACCAUCCGUUCAUGGUUAUUUGCAACCCUAUCUAGGGAUGUUCUUAUCGAUGUACGUGAUUUAAAACAUUCAUAUGAAAUUUGGGAACGGUUGGAGUCUCGGUUUAUGUCUGCUAGUUUAGCGAGAUCUAUGGAAUUAAAGCGUUUAUUUAAUCAAAUUAAAAAGAAACCUGAUCAGUCCAUGGAUAAUUAUUUGCGAGAAAUUAAAACAUUAGCUGAUGAUCUUGCCACAAUCAAUUGCCCUGUGCCUCAGCGUGAAAUUUUAAAAACUACUAUUAUGGGUCUAGGACCUGAGUAUGAAUCUUUAUACACUGUUGUGUCCUUAUUUGGACAAAAUUUCCCGUUUGAGACUCUCCGUAAUCAUCUUCUUGAGCUAGAGCAGCGGGUCCUUUAUCUCCGCUCCCAGGAGUCCCAGUCCAUUCAUCAGGCAUUUGGCGCGGCUGUUUCAUAUCCCAGGCAGUCGUCUGGGCAGCAGCCAACCCAGCAGAAUUCGGGAUCCACUCACCCGGUCGGGCAGCAGACUUACCCGGUCGGGCAGAGUCGGCAGAACGGCGCUCCACAGCGCGGGCGAGGACGUGGGCGCGGCAGAGGCCGCGGAGGUAGGGGGCGUGGCCGAGGACAGCAGCAGCAGGCAUAUUGGUUUCCGCAGGGGCAUCCAGUUUAUUACUCCGGAGGGGGUGGGCAGCCGAGUACUCCUGCAGGGGGUGUGACAUCUACGGGUACUGUUAUUUGUAAUUCUGCUGUGUCACAUUUAAAUAUUAAUGCUUUACCGAUCUGUGUCACUAACAGUAGUCAUACAGGCUUGCCAUUAGACGGAGGUAUUCUCGGAUCUGUUCCCCAUCCUGUUGUCUGUCAAAUUUGUUUUUCUACAGGUCAUUCUGCCAUUAACUGUCCUUCUCGUUUCACACAACCAACGUCUCUUGCUCUGUUGACUACUCCCGGUGACACUACUCCUGCUCUAUGGUUUCCUGAUUCAGGUGCUUCUGCUCAUAUGACUGCAUCUGAAGGACAAAGCAACGGGGGCAAUACUUCUGCGAGCUACUAGUAGUGGACCACUUUAUCCUCUCCAUAUGUCGUCUGCGUCACCAUUAGUUUUUGCUUCCGUUUUAGCUUCUGGCCCUGUGUGGCACCGUAGAUUAGGUCACUGUGGUGAUAGUACUUUACAGUUUCUUAAGAGAAAACAAUUUUUAUGUAGUCAUACUCCCUUUACUCAUGAGUGUGUGACCUGUCGUUUAGGAAAAUCACAACGUUUACCUUUUGUGGAUGCUAGUCAUAAUUCUAUUUUUCUUUCGGAGAUUAUUCAUUCUGAUGUGUGGCAGUCACCUGUGUAUUCAAAUUUGGGAUUCAAGUAUCAUGUAUGUUUCAUUGAUGAUUUUUCUCGUUAUACUUGGAUAUAUCCCAUGUGUCACAAAAAUGAAGUUUUCAUGCACUUUAAAAAUUUUAAAACUUUGGUUGAAAAUCUUUUUAAUCAGAAAAUUAAAAUUUUUCAAAGUGACGGGGAGGUGAAUUUGUUAAUAAUAAUAUGCAGCAAUUUUUCUCUGCUAAUAGCAUUUACUUUAGAAAAUCUUGCCCUAACACACCUCAACAGAAUGGGGUUGCUGAGCGCAAGCAUCGUCAUUUACUUGAGUUAACUAGGACCAUGCUUCUUGAAGCUUCGGUUCCGAGUCACUAUUGGGUCGAUGCCAUAUUUACUGCUGCAUAUAUUAUUAAUAGAUUACCCUCUCCAACCCUAAAUGGUCUUACUCCGUAUCAAAAACUGUUUAACCGAGUUCCAGAUUACUCCUUUAUGCGAGUGUUUGGCUCUGCCUGUUAUCCAAAUUUUAAUGCCACCUCAGCCAAUAAAUUAUCCCCUCGUUCAGUUCAGUGUGUUUUCCUUGGCUAUGCAUCCGGUUAUAAAGGCUAUCGUUGUUUGGAUCCUUUCACAGGUCGAGUCUAUGUAAACCGUCAUGUUAGGUUUCAUGAGGACACAUAUCCUUUUAAAACUCUCUCAUCUGCUCCAUCCAGGUCUAUUUCUACUACAUCAUCUCCUAUGCAUCUCACCGAUAUCACUCUUGACCCACCUCUCCAGCCUGUUCCCACACUUACGGCCGCCCCAGCACCAACCCCAUCAUCGCUACCUCGGUCACCAAGUAUUCUUAUCACUCUGUGUGUACCGUCGCCCCAUUCCUCCUAUCCCACGUCCACAACCAGCCCCCCACCAUCCCAUCUCUCCUCCCAUACUUCGUCUAGCACGCCACAGACAACAUCAACCGACACUGUCUCACCUGAAACCACCUCACCUACGUCCACUACGGUAGUUAAUCACCAUCCCAUGCAAACCCGUGCUAAGUCAGGAAUUUUUAAGCCUAAAACCAUUUUUAAUUUAAGUACAGUUACUAUCAAUGCAGAUCCUACCUGUUUUACUGAGGCAAAUAAACAAUUAAAAUGGUGUGAGGCGAUGGCUGAUGAAUUUAAUGCACUCAUUAAUAAUAAUACGUGGGACUUGGUGCCCUUUGAUAACUCUAAAAAUAUUGUUGGUUGUAAGUGGAUUUAUAAAACUAAAUAUCAUUCUGAUGGAUCCUUAGAGCGCCAUAAAGCUCGAUUAGUUGCACAGGGUUUUAAUCAGCAGGCAGGUAUUGAUUUCUCUGAAACUUUUAGUCCUGUCGUUAAACCCACCACUGUUCGUAUUGUACUUACUCUAGUUAUUUCUUUUGGGUGGGGUAUACGACAAUUUGAUGUUAAAAAUGCCUUCUUACAUGGGAAUCUGACAGAAGAAGUUUAUAUGCGGCAGCCCCGUGGUUUUAUUCACCCUCACUUUCCUAAUCAUAUAUGUCGUCUGUGCAAGGCCAUUUAUGGCCUUAAGCAAGCUCCACGAGCCUGGUUUCAUAGAUUUAGUAGCUUUCUUCUACAACAUAAUUUUUCCUGUAGCAAAUCCGACAAUUCUUUGUUCAUAUACCGCCAGAAUAAUACUAUUAUUUAUUUAUUACUAUAUGUGGAUGAUAUUAUUAUUACUGGCAAUUCUGAAUUCUCUGUUACCCAAUUUAUUUCAAUUAUAUCUAAACAUUUUGCUAUGAAAGACUUGGGUAAUCUCCAUUAUUUUCUGGGUGUUGAGGCCAUUCGUUCAGCUAAAGGUUUGUUUCUCUCUCAACAUAAAUAUGUUACUGAUCUUCUAGCUCGUUUUCACCUUCAUACUGUCAAACCAGUUCGCACCCCGUUAGCUUCCCGUACCACUCUGUCUAUUUCUGAUGGUGAGUUAUUAUCUGAUUCUACUGAGUAUCGCAGCAUGGUUGGUGCAUUACAAUAUUUAACUUUGACACGGCCAGAUAUUACUUAUGCAGUACACUUAGUGUCUCAGUUCAUGCAUGCUCCUCGCACCACUCAUAUUUUUGCAGUCAAAAGAAUUUUCAGAUACUUGCAGAGAACACGAGAUCAUGGACUUUGGCUUCAGCAGUCUAAUCUGCCAACCUGUAUAGUUGCUUACUCCGAUGCAGAUUGGGCAGGUUGUCCUGAUAGUUCUCGGUCUACCACAGGUUUCGCUGUAUUUUUGGGCCCUAAUUUGGUUUCCUGGAAGGCUAAGAAGUAGCCCACUAUGUCCAAGUCUUCCACAGAAGCGGAAUAUCGUGCCAUUGCUUACACUGUACAAGACACACUACAUAUCCGCUCAGUCCUGUUCGAACUUGGAUGGCCUAUAUCCGAGCCGGUACAUUUAUUAUGUGAUAAUAUAUCUGCUUCUUACUUGACUGCAAAUCCAGUUCAGCAUGCUCGCAGUAAACAUAUUCAGAUUGAUUAUCAUUUUGUUCGCGAACGGGUUGCUCAUGGAGAUCUGAUUGUUCAACAUGUUCCUACUCAUCUACAGCUGACAGAUAUUUUUACUAAAAGUCUAUGUAGUCAACGUUUUCAUUUUUUGAAAGACAACCUGUGUGUUGUAUCUCCCACACAGUUUGAGGGGGUGUAAUAGAAUUAUUAUAGGCUCAGUAUUGUACUUUACAUUAAACUCUCUCUAAUAUAAAUAUAUCUGCCAGGGCUCCUCAGGGAGUAACCUUUUCCAUUAUUUCACACUGAAGCCUUAUAUUUGAGCAGACACCUUGCUGCAUAUCUUUAAUUUUAAUUUGUUUGAGAGAAGGUCAAUUAUAAUUAGUUCACUGCAUAAUAAUGUUUAAAUAACUAUUAAUUCCAUGGUAGUAUAAAUUAGAUAGCUCUUUAGUUGAGAUGUCACAGGUUAGAUAAGCGCAUAUUGAAAUUAAAACGACUAUUAAAUAUCCUUCCUAUUUGAUAUUAUGAAUUACUCCCUCCGGUUCUUAUUAAAGUUCCCGGUUUGACUUCACAUAUAUUAAGAAAAUGAAUUUGACUUUACUGUGGAGUGUACUGUUUGGCACUGUUUGACACUGUUUGGACACUGUUUGGCACUGUUUGACACUGUUAUGCAUUGUUUUGUUUCCUAAAAUGGAAGUGUGAACUUAAAUAAGGGACAUCCCAAAAAGGAAAGUGGGAACUUUAAUAAGAACCGGAGGGAGUAGUUAAGUACAAAUAAAACUUUUGUUGAGAGGAUUACCUUUCUUUUAAAAAAAUGGUUGCUACAAUGCUGUGAUUUCAUGCCCCUGUGCUUACACAGGUUCUUGAUGCUACUCCGGUAGUUAACUUUGUUUUAGUUGUUUUAGAAGCUGAUUUGACAGGUUCUUUUGCAAGUUAUGUGAUCCCUAGUCAAUGCCCUAUUGAAUUCUCUGAAGAGAUCUCAUAUGCCACCAUGGUUGGAACCCCGAUUGAUGAUGUCUGUAUCCCAAACGCCUCAGCAAUUGAUGCUGAACUUACAGGUCCUUUUGAAUUUUCUGUGGCAAAUGUCCAGGCCCCUACUGAUCGGAAUGCAACUGCCUCCCUUGGAGUUGGAAAACUACCCGUUUAUUAUAAAGUCCCAUGUUCCCCUAGUGAGCACCAUUCAAGUUUGAAUUUUAUCAGAAUCUCUAGUACCCAAGUUUAUUCUCCCUCCUUUCAAAAUAUGUACUUGGGGCAUUUAAGGUGUUUGAAGAUAUGUCUGCAAGAGACUAUCACAUUGAGCUCAAGAGUUUCAGAUUUUAUAAGAAUGGGAGUUUAAAAUAGGCCUUAGAGCUUUAACUGAAUGCUUUGUUUGGAGUUCUACCAAGUGGCUGUUAAAAUGUUUCAUUGGUAAAUAAAAUCAAUCGACUUCUUUGCUUCGAGUGUAUUUACAAUUUAGCUAUACGAAUAUAUAAGCUAAUGUUCCUGUGUUGCUGACUUCCUAUUCUUUUUAGACUUGUAUGUUUAGUUUUGAUGAUGUAAAAUGAUUAUUAACAUAUUGGAUGUCUUCUUAGAAAUAUUCUAAGUACGGAUACUGUAUUACUCUGUACUAUGUAUGGGGUUUUCUCCUCAAAUUAACUAGUAUACAUCCUCCAAGAUUCCCCCAAAAGUAAAGCUUCAUUUGGAAUU